AUGAUUGCAGCAGCGGUAGCUGCGUCCAUGGAAAAGGCUAUGGCUAAGUCGUUCCAAUUGGAACAAGAUGCAUCUAAGCCCAUUCCCAAACGGGCUCAUUAUGGGGCGGAUUCUGAAGACUCCGAUUCCUCCAGGGAACGCUCCCACCCCCCUAAGCGCCAUUGGAAAGGCAAGGCUAUGGGACCACGUAAAUCCAAAGGAAAGGACCCUAAACGCAGACGAGACACGAGCAGAUCGUCCCAAAACCCGCUCUGGCUUCCUCUGGGGAAGAGGACGCAGGUCCAUCACAUGCUCUAG